CGCCGCCGCCAUGCGCUGGGUCCGCGCGCUGCUGAAGAAUGCUUCCCUGGCAGGGGCGCCCAAGUACAUCGAGCACUUCAGCAAGUUCUCCCCGUCCCCGCUCUCCAUCAAGCAGUUUCUGGACUUCGGGUCCAGCAAUGCCUGUGAGAAAACCUCAUUCACCUUCCUCAGGCAGGAGUUGCCUGUGCGCCUGGCCAACAUCAUGAAAGAGAUCAACCUGCUUCCCGACCGGGUGCUGAGCACACCCUCGGUGCAGCUGGUACAGAGCUGGUAUGUCCAGAGUCUCCUGGACAUCAUGGAGUUCCUGGACAAGGACCCUGAGGACCAUCGGACCCUGAGCCAGUUCACCGACGCCCUGGUCACCAUCCGGAACCGCCACAAUGACGUGGUGCCCACCAUGGCGCAGGGCGUGCUGGAGUACAAGGACGCCUACGGCGACGACCCCGUCUCCAACCAGAACAUCCAGUAUUUCCUGGAUCGCUUCUACCUCAGCCGCAUCUCCAUCCGCAUGCUCAUCAACCAGCACACCUUGAUCUUUGACGGCAGCACCAACCCAGCCCACCCCAAACACAUCGGCAGCAUCGACCCCAACUGCAGCGUCUCUGAGGUGGUGAAAGAUGCCUACGACAUGGCCAAGCUCCUGUGUGACAAGUAUUACAUGGCGUCACCUGACCUGGAGAUCCAGGAGAUCAAUGCAUCCAACUCCAAACAGCCGAUUCACAUGGUCUAUGUCCCCUCCCACCUCUACCACAUGCUUUUUGAACUCUUCAAGAAUGCCAUGCGAGCGACUGUGGAAAGCCAUGAAUCCAGCCUCACUCUCCCACCUCUCAAGGUCAUGGUGGCCUUGGGCGAGGAAGAUCUUUCCAUCAAAAUGAGUGACCGAGGUGGUGGUGUUCCCUUGAGGAAGAUUGAGCGACUCUUCAGCUAUAUGUACUCCACGGCCCCCACGCCUCAGCCUGGCACCGGGGGAACCCCACUGGCUGGCUUCGGGUAUGGGCUCCCGAUUUCCCGCCUGUAUGCCAAGUACUUCCAGGGGGACCUGCAGCUCUUCUCCAUGGAGGGCUUUGGGACUGACGCUGUCAUCUAUCUCAAGGCCCUGUCCACGGACUCGGUGGAACGCCUGCCCGUCUACAACAAGUCAGCCUGGCGCCACUACCAGACCAUCCAGGAGGCCGGUGAUUGGUGUGUGCCCAGCACGGAGCCUAAGAACACGUCCACGUACCGUGUCAGCUAGAGGCCACCCCACUCAUCUGCACCCAAGAGGAUGGACUGCUGUCUCUGGAUCCGGCCACCAUGGUGACCCUCCCUGUCCCCACCCCAGGUUGGGGGAGGCUCUCCCUGAUGACCAGCUUCUUGUCUCUGUGGAAAUCACUGCGGUGA